CAAAUUAAAAAAUAAUAAAAUAAUUGGAUAACGAAAAUGUUAUCCGGCGCGCACAUUUUUACCGAAUCAGUCUCUGUGCCUUCCGCUUAGCAAAAUAUUUGUUUUUGUCGAGGGACGCAGGUCGCGGGUUCGAAUCCAUGUAGUAUCGGCUUUGCACUGGCAGCGCGGUUCCAAGGCUUUUCUGGUGGUAGCUUGCUAGGGUUUGAGUCUGUUCCCUCAUGCUGCGAUCUGGAGAACGAAUCCGUGCAGAUCCCUGGAAGAUUCAUGCUAUAUAAUGACUAUUAGGGUUUACAGCACAUAAGGAUAUCGUCAGCGAAACAAAUUAGAGAAAAUAUAUAAGCGCAGGAAGAGCCAUGCAGCAGCAGCAGCGGCGUGGAGACAUAUCGCUGUUGUUGUGGCUGCUGCUACUGCAUCACCCGCUUUGGCGAGUUAAAGCUAAUACAGAAGGCGAUGCUUUACAUAGCCUAAGGUCUAACUUAGAUGAUCCAAACAAUGUGCUGCAGAGUUGGGAUCCAACUCUUGUCAACCCAUGUACAUGGUUUCAUGUUACAUGUAAUAAUGAUAAUAGUGUGAUAAGAGUGGACUUAGGAAAUGCACAACUUUCUGGUACAUUGGUCCCUCAGCUUGGGCAGCUGCCUAAUCUGCAAUACUUGGAGCUUUAUAGCAACAAUAUAAGUGGAAUUAUCCCAAGUGAUUUAGGUAACUUGACCAACCUGGUUAGCUUGGAUUUGUACAUGAACAGAUUCACCAGUGUAAUACCAGAGUCACUGGGCAAAUUAACUAAGUUACGCUUCCUCCGGCUUAAUAAUAACAGCCUCUCAGGGGGGAUUCCUAUGGCAUUGACAACUGUAACUGCCCUACAAGUCCUUGAUCUUUCAUUCAAUAAUCUCUCAGGAGAGGUUCCAUCAAAUGGAUCAUUUUCUCUAUUUACUCCUAUCAGUUUUAAUGGAAAUCAGUUUCUUUGUGGUCCAGUCGCACAGAAGCCAUGCCCAGGACAACCUCCUUUCGCUCCUCCUCCUCCAUUUAUACCACCUCCGCCAGUUUCUGGAAGCAAUGGAAAGAUUCAGAGCUCAUCCAGCACAGGAGCCAUUGCUGGGGGAGUAGCUGCUGGCGCUGCUCUAUUAUUUGCUGCUCCUGCAAUUGGAUUUGCCUGGUGGCGUCGUCGAAAGCCACAGGAACACUUCUUUGAUGUACCUGCUGAGGAGGAUCCAGAGGUACACUUAGGGCAACUCAAAAGGUUUUCAUUGCGGGAACUCCAGGUUGCUACAGAUGGUUUUAGUAACAGAAAUAUACUUGGCAGAGGUGGUUUUGGAAAGGUAUAUAAAGGGCGCCUUGCAGAUGGAUCCUUGGUGGCUGUAAAACGUCUGAAAGAAGAGCGUACUCCAGGUGGAGAGUUGCAGUUUCAGACAGAAGUGGAGAUGAUUAGCAUGGCAGUACACAGGAAUCUCCUUCGGCUACGUGGCUUCUGCAUGACACCAACUGAACGGCUGCUUGUUUACCCCUUCAUGGCUAAUGGAAGUGUUGCUUCAUGUCUUAGAGAGAGGCAACCAAAUGAACCACCCCUGGAUUGGCCAACUCGCAAGCGCAUAGCAUUGGGCUCUGCAAGAGGUCUUUCUUACUUACAUGAUCACUGUGAUCCUAAGAUUAUUCACCGAGAUGUGAAGGCAGCAAAUAUUUUACUGGAUGAAGAAUUUGAGGCAGUGGUAGGAGAUUUUGGACUUGCAAAGCUUAUGGAUUACAAGGACACACACGUUACAACAGCUGUCCGUGGCACCAUUGGCCACAUCGCACCUGAGUACCUAUCCACAGGGAAGUCUUCAGAGAAGACGGAUGUCUUUGGAUAUGGAAUCAUGCUAUUGGAACUCAUCACAGGGCAGAGAGCAUUUGACCUUGCCCGAUUAGCAAAUGAUGAUGAUGUCAUGUUGCUAGACUGGGUCAAAGGCCUGUUAAGAGAGAGAAGACUUGAUAUGCUGGUUGAUCCUGAUCUCCAGAACAAUUAUGUUGAGGCAGAAGUGGAACAGCUUAUUCAAGUCGCACUACUUUGCACACAAGGGUCGCCAAUGGAUAGACCAAAGAUGUCUGAAGUGGUACGCAUGUUGGAAGGAGAUGGUUUAGCUGAGAGGUGGGAAGAGUGGCAAAAGGUGGAAGUUGUGCGUAGCCAAGAAGUAGAGCUUGUUCCUCAUAGAAAUUCAGAAUGGAUUGUAGACUCUACAGAUAAUCUUCAUGCAGUUGAAUUGUCUGGUCCAAGAUGAUAGAGUUGAUUGUUUGUUCAAUAUUUUUACAAAGCCUGAAUUUUAUUGUCUUAUUACAAUGUCAAUAUGUAUCAAGGUCAAAUCAGUGUAUCAUUUAAAAUUAUUAGCUGAUGUUUCAAUGUGCCAGUGUAGAGAAUAUUCAUUGAAGUCUUUAGAUGGCUAUAUUGGGUUUUGUCCCAUGAGAAUUACUGACAGACAGCAGUGAAGCCUGUAUGCUAGAAGAAUUUUUAUGGUGCGCACCCAUCCAUCCAAAAGUCUGGUCUCUGUAUUAUGAACAGCUUGCAUUAGGAAACAAAGGUUCAUUUCUACUA